AUGGGUUUUGUCUGUUUCUGUUGUCCAGGAAUGUUCAACGCUCUCUCCGGCAUGGGAGGCGGUGGUCAAGUCGAUCCAACCGCAGCUAACAACGCUAACACCGCCGUUUACACCGCUUUUACCGUUUUCGGCGUUUUAGGCGGUGCGUUUUACAACGUUCUCGGUCCACGGUUCACGUUAGCUGCAGGAUGCUCCACUUACGUACUCUACGCCGGAUCUUUCCUCUACUACAACCAUCACCACCACCAAGCCUUCGCGAUCGUCGCCGGAGCUUUACUUGGCUGCGGCGCCGGACUUCUAUGGGCCGGAGAAGGUGCUGUGAUGACGUCAUACCCUCCUCCGCAUCGGAAAGGCACUUACAUCGCUCUGUUCUGGAGUAUAUUCAAUCUCGGCGGAGUAAUCGGCGGUUUGAUCCCGUUUAUACUAAAUUACCACCGUAGCUCCGCCGCGUCGGUCAACGACGCGACGUACAUAGCUUUCAUGUGUUUCAUGUUCGCCGGAGUUCUCCUCUCGUUCGGUAUCCUCCCGGCGACUUCCGUGAUCCGUAACGACGGAUCUAAAUGUUCCGCCGUGAAAUACUCAAAACCGUCGACUGAAUUCGCCGCAGUGCUCCGGCUAUUCCUUGAUCGGAAAAUGCUCCUCAUUGUUCCAGCUGCUUGGGCUAGUAAUUUCUUCUACAGUUAUCAGUUCAACAAUGUGAAUGGACUUCUCUUUAACUUAAGAACCAGAGGAUUCAACAAUGUCUUUUAUUGGGGAGCUCAAAUGGUUGGUUCGAUUGCAAUUGGUUAUAUAAUGGAUUUCAGUUUCAAAAGCCGAAGAGCUAGAGGAUUCGCCGGAAUAUCGCUAGUCGCGGUGAUCGGAACAGCGAUUUGGGCAGGAGGGUUAGCGAAUCAGCAUGCUUAUUCGUUUAACAAUCUACCAGAGAAGAAACUUGACUUUAAAGAUUCAGGCAAAGAAUUCGCCGGACCAUUCGUGUUGUAUAUGAGUUAUGGAUUGUUAGAUGCGAUGUAUCAGAGUAUGGUUUAUUGGUUGAUUGGUGCAUUAGCUGAUGAUUCACAGACUUUGAGUAGGUACAGUGGUUUCUACAAAGGAGUGCAGAGUGCAGGAGCUGCAGUGGCUUGGCAAGUGGAUACUCGUAAAGUUCCAUUAAUGUCACAGCUUAUUAUAAACUGGUCACUCACUACUGUUAGUUAUCCAUUACUUGUUCUUCUUGUGUACUUGUUUGUUAAAGACGAAGAUGAUGAUAAUGGUGGUGAGAAGGUUUAG